AUGCACAGACGGGCAGUAUUGGAGCUUUCGCGGCGUCAGGGUGUUGAUUUAUCUUGCGCGACCAGGCAUAGAGCAGCGUUUUCCCCGGUGCCAGCUUACGUUCCCCGGCGGUCCUUUCGUUCACCUCUAGCCAACUACAAUUCGUCCGAUUCUCCCUCUACCCCGAAUGGCGAUGGCGAUGGUGACGGAACUGCUUCGCACCCGUCGUUUCCAGGCUCCAAAUUUGGUGGCUCGCGAUGGGCAAACAAACAGGCUCAACCGGCGGGCCUGAGCCCGGCAGAGCAGGCAAUGCGUAAUGCCUUAGUGGCACGAAACAACGAACAGCAAAAGGCUCAGCAGGCCCAACAGGCUCAUAAAGAGCAGCAAAAUCCCAAACCGCGCGGCGAUGGUCCUCGAUGGGGAAAUAAACAGGCUCCGAAAUCAGCAGGCCUGAGUCCGGCAGAGCAGGCGAUGCGUGAUGCUUUAGUGGCAAAAAACACCCAGCAACAAAAAACUCAGGAAGCACAGCAAAACCGAAAAUUGCGCGGUGAUGGCGAUAGGCCAGAACGACAACAGAAUCCAUUCGCUACUAGGGGACGCUCUCGUUCUACGAAUAACGAUGGUAUUCGACAUCAAGAUUCAGACAGGCAUCGGGGGUCAAAUACCCAAAGAAUACCACCUCAUUUGAGGAAUACGGAUUGGAAUUGCCCACAAUGUCAGUAUUCAUGUUUUGGAAAGCAUGCCGCCUGCCCGUCCUGUCAAACUCCCCGGCCGGAUUUACCUAUGCCCAACUCGAGACAGGCUCGCAAUUCAGAAAAUGACUUCAAGUUCCGAAAACUGGGUCAUGAAAUGAAGUUGGAAUUUGGAGAAGAACGGGCUAAACGUCCAGACGCACCCCGAAACAAGAGGGAUGAUGCGUUCAGAGGGUAUGCGUCGAGAGAAGGGCUAUUUUCCGGGCCUCGAAUUGUCUUCAAAGGCGGCAAAGAAGUGGAGGCACAGACAAAAGAAACACCGAAACACAAAGAUGUCGACCAUAAACAGCCCGAAAAACCCCAGAAACCAACGCCCAAGAAGGCGGAACCAAUCCAGGACGAAUGGUCGUGGGAUCUGUCAUCGUUGAAGCAAAUAGAAAUGAAUGCACAAGAUACACCGACAACGAAGGCCCCGAAACGUCGAGAUGGCCGUAAACAACGCGAAGCUAAUGCCGAUGAAGACGAAGGAGAUUUCGACGCGGACGACCGUCGUAAGCGCCGGGAAGAGCGCAGGCGGUUGAAAAAAGAAAAGACACGACAAAAGGAAAAGGAAAAGGCAAAGGAAUUAGACUCUACCCCAAGUCCUCUUUACCUCCCAGAGUUUAUCAGUGUCAGCAAUCUUGCCGAUGUCAUUGGGGUGCGGCCAGCACAGUUUGUGCGGCGGAUGGAAGAGAUGGGAUUCGAGGAUGUAUCAUAUAGUCAUGUCCUCGAUGCAGAAACUGCUGGGUUGGUUGCGACUGAGUUCAAUUUUGAACCCAUUUUCGAAACGGCCGACGAAGAUUUGACUGCGGCGCCCGAGCCAGAAGACAAGUCUUCUCUGCCACCUAGACCGCCGGUGGUCACAAUCAUGGGCCAUGUUGAUCACGGUAAAACCACCAUUUUGGACUGGCUUCGUAACUCGUCCGUUGCUGCUUCCGAGCAUGGAGGAAUCACGCAGCAUAUCGGCGCGUUCUCCGUGCCCAUGCCCUCCGGAAAGACAAUUACAUUCUUGGAUACCCCCGGCCAUGCUGCGUUUCUGGAGAUGCGGCGUCGAGGUGCCGACGUAACCGAUAUUGUUGUCUUGGUGGUUGCUGCAGAUGACAGUGUUAAGCCGCAGACAAUCGAAGCAAUUAAGCACGCUACCCAAUCCAAGGUCCCCGUUAUUGUCGCUAUGAGCAAGAUUGACAAGGAGAAUGUCAAUACGGACAAAGUUAAACAAGACCUUUCUAUCCAUGGGGUUCACGUCGAGGACUACGGUGGUGAUGUGCAGGCUAUCGGUGUGAGUGGCAAGACUGGCCAGGGAAUGCUGGAUCUUGAAGAGGCCAUUGUCACACUUUCUGAGGUGCUUGAUCACCGCGCAGAAGUUACUGGCCAUGCCGAGGGCUGGGUGAUUGAAGGUACGACGAAGAGCUACGGCCGCGUAGCGACUGUGCUUAUCAAACGAGGAACACUACGGGUGGGAGACGUCAUUGUUGCAGGUUCGACAUGGGCCCGCGUACGGACUCUCAGAAAUGAAGCUGGUAUUACGAUUGACCAGGCCACACCGGGAAUGCCAGUCGAGGUUGACGGCUGGAGAGAGCAGCCAACCGCAGGCACUGAGCUCCUGCAAGCCGAAAAUGAACAGCAGGCCAAGGAUGUGGUUGAAUAUCGACUGGAGAGAACGGAGACCCGAAAAUUGGGCGAGGACACGGCUGCUAUCAAUGAAGCCCGCCGGGAGGCACUGGAACGACGCCGACAAGAAGAAUCUGAUCAAGAUGGUUCUGGAGCCGAGCAAGAGGCAUCUGGACCUAAGCCGGUGAACUUCAUUAUCAAAGCAGAUGUGGGAGGAUCGGCAGAGGCGGUCCUCAACUCAGUGACAGCAAUUGGUAAUAAUGAAGUUUUUGCCAAUGUGCUUCGUUCCAGUGUUGGCCCAAUCAGUGAAUUCGACAUUGAACAUGCGGCUUCUGCCAAUGGUCACCUGAUUUCUUUCAACCAGCCAAUUGACCCUGCCAUGUUGCGAAUGGCAGAGGCUCGAGGUGUGGGAAUCAUGGACUACAACAUCAUCUAUAAACUUAUCGAUGAAGUCAAGGGAGCACUUAGCGAGCAUUUGGCCCCGACCAUAACUCAGCGCGUGACCGGAGAAGCGGAGAUUGGGCAGAUCUUUGAGAUUACCCUCAAGGGCCGAGAGAAGACAUCUAUUGCGGGCUGUAAGGUCCGGAAUGGAAUGGUCAACCGAGCCAAGAAGGUCCGAGUACUCAGGGGUCAGGAAACUGUAUAUGAUGGAUCUAUCACCUCCCUCAAGAACGUCAAGAAAGACGUGACGGAAAUGCGCAAAGACACCGAAUGUGGAAUCGGCUUUGAGGGCUGGACCGACUUUGCUGUUGGUGACCACAUCCAGUGCUACGAGGAUAUCUAUGAAAAGAGAUACCUGUGA